AUGAAAUAUGACGUUAUCGUAGUCGGCGGUGGUUCGGCCGGGUCGGUGGUGGCAAGCAGAUUGUCGGAGGACCCGCGGCGUUCAGUGUUGCUGCUCGAGGCGGGUCAGGACUACCCCGACCCGGAACAGUUGCCGGAGCCGGUGCGGAACGGGCAUUCAUCGGAGGGCGAGGCCAUCGGUUCGCCGGUCUCCUGGAACCUGCGCGGCGUCAUAAACGACCAGCAGGGGGAGAUAAACAUCGCCCAAGGCAAAGUCAUCGGCGGCUCGGGUUCCAUCAACGGACAAGUCUACCUGCGCGGGUUGCCGGAAGACUUCGAACGAUGGGAAUCCUUCGGUAACGAGGAAUGGGGAUAUCUGAAAGUCCUUCCCUUCUAUCGCAGGGCUGAGACCGACAUGGAUAUCCACGACGACUUUCACGGCAAUGAGGGCCCUAUUCCAGUGGUCCGCCGGGAGAAUGAAGAGUGGCCAAUGGUGCAGCGGGCAUUCUACGAUGCCUGCAUUGAGCGGGGCUACCCGCCUAACCAUGACCUUAAUGGACCCAACUCCAGCGGCAUCGGGGCCAUUCCAAUGAACAACAUGAACACUUGGCGGAUGAGCACGGCCCUCACGCACCUCAGCCCGUCCCGACAUCGUCUCAACCUGACGGUGCGCGGCGGCGUGUUCGUUCGAAGAGUAGUCAUAGAGGGCGGCAAGGUUGCUGGCGUCGAGGCUGAGAGCGGGGGCGAGAUUUUCACGGUUGCCUGCGACCGGGUGGUUCUCAGCGCCGGCGCGCUGAAGUCGCCCCACAUCCUGAUGCUGUCGGGGAUCGGCCCGCGGGAACAGCUGGAGGAGCAGGGUGUGCCGGUGCUCGUGGAAUCACCGGGAAUGGGCCAGAACCUGUUCAACCACCCCAUGGGUUCCGUUACUUUCCAGGUCAAGGACGAUGUCAAACUGACUGCCAACGCGGAGGCGCUGCGGUUCGGACUGCGCGUCACGUCGGAGGCGCCUUCCUAUCCCAACGACGUGAUGCUGCAUACACUGGCAAUCUGGAACGUGAUGACCGGAGAGAUGGUGCCGUCCGGGCAGGCCCGCAUUGCCUUCCUCGGACCCUGCAUCCAGCCUUCCAUCAACUAUCGCUACCUGCACAACGAGAACGAUAUGCGCCGGAUGCGGGACGCCGUGAAACUGGCGUGCGGCAUCCUGGAGUCGGAGGCAUACAAGGAUAUUUCCGUGGGGCGCGUUGCGCCGGACGACGAAACGCUGGGCAGCGACGAAAAACUCGACGCCUGGAUCCGUCAGACGCUGGGCAGUUCACGACACGUCUCGGGCACCUGCCGCAUCGGGCCGGACGGCGACGGAAUGGCGGUGACCGACCAGCAGUGCCGGGUUCGCGCCGUUGACGGGCUGUGGGUAGCCGACUCGUCGAUCAUGCCGCAGGUUACCCGCGCCAAUACGAACGCCACCGCAAUAAUGAUCGGAGAGCGCGUGGCCGACUGGGUGGCCGAAAGCUAG